CAAGAUUUUACGCGUUUCAGAAUUAGUAAGCUGGCGUAGAUAAUGGCGAUCGGGAAUACUGUUGCGUAUCAAACGAAUCUUUUUGUAUAUAAUUGUGUAAAUAAAUUGUAGCUAAAUAAACAGAGCGUCGUUAUCGAACUUGAUUCGCGAUAAGCUGUGUGGCCUGGUAAUCUUAUCAAUGAGUGAUAAUAGUUAUAAGUGUCAGUGAGUUAUGUGCUCUACGCAUCGUUGGUACUUGCGGCACAGGUAACAACUCCUGAGUUCAGUUGGUUUGGCACGUCUUACAAUAGUGUUUGCAUUUGUGUGACCAUGAAGGUGAAACAUCUUUGCCUAUUGUUGGUGGCAGCUGUUGCGUCUACUACUGCAGUAGUGGCUCAGAGCGAAGACGAGUUGCUUAUACCUGAAGAAAAUAACAAUCAGUUCCCACCAGAAGACCAGCCCGAAGAAGAUGGCGAUAUCAUUCAAGGAAGCGGAAACGGGGCAAUUGCGGAGCCUGCAGAUCCCAUCACUUCAACGACUGAACUAAGUCCGCCUAUUGAAGAAGUGCAAUCAAAUACAUUGUUAAGUGAAGGCGAAAUAACACCAAAUGAUGAAACACUUUGUCCUGACAUAUGUUUGUGCAAUUUUGAGGGCAGUGAGUUUGUCACAGAUUGUUCAUCGUUAGACCUCACCGAACUUCCUAACGCUAUUGACCCAAAAACAACUAAAUUGAAAAUACAAAACAAUAAGUUGACUGAAAUACCAAAGGAGGUAUCAUUGCUAAACAACGUGAACUUUCUAAAUGCUAGUAAUAAUUUGAUUAUGAACUUAGCACCAGGUUCGAUAAGCGAGUUGCAAGAGUUAGCCGUUCUGGACCUCAGUAACAAUCGCCUAAUUGAGUAUCCUACUGACUUGAAGAAUGGUUUUGCAUUGACAAAAUUGACAGAUCUCACAUUAGGUGGCAAUGAUAUGAGAACGUCUUUGGAGCCAGAAACACUGACGAAAUUUACAUCACUUCAAAACUUAGUACUGCCAUCUACGCUUAAUGAUUUACAAACGAAAAUUACCUGCAAGUCUUUAAAUAAUUUGGUUGCAAGUCUAUGUAUCGAAUCCUGUGAAAAGGAAUCAUACGACUGUUCUAAUACAUUAGAUGACAAUGACCUGGCAGUAAUACCCGGAGCGAUAUAUAGCGAUAACCAUGAUCAAGAGAAUCCAGAUUCUGAUGUGAAUGAAAUCUCAGAUGAUGAGCGUAUAACUUCUGAAAUUGUAGGUACUUCAGAUAAUGAUGAAAUUAUAAUUAAAAAUGGGUCCUCAAAUUCCAUGCGAAGCUCUGUUGUUAAAGGACCAAUAGCGGCAUCACCACAAAAUUCUAUAGUAGAUACCGCUCCUCAAGAGACGCCUUCGAAACAGGAGCCCAAUGAUCCUAAUAUUAGUGCAACAACUGCAGAAAAUAAUAAUGGCGGAGUAAACAAAAGUGUGAUUGGUUUGAUAGUAGCUGGUAUGGUAGUUGUAAUUGCUGGUAUUACAGUUAAAAAGAAUUGGAAUUCUAUCAAAAAACGCUUCAGCUCUAAUUCAAAUUCAAGAACACCAAAUGAACGUCCUACUAGUGACGCAAACAACUCGACGCCAGAAGAGAUACCGUUACAGGACAAAUCACCAGUCUAAUUAAAAAAAAAGCAUUUUUAUACUUGCAAAUGAUGUGUAUGAAUUUGACGUGUGAAUUUGAUCUGAACGUUAGAAAAAAUAUUUAUUGGCCGCGAUGUGUUACCGUGUCUGCGUUAAUGGAGUAUUUUCUUAAUGACUCGUGUGCGUAUACAAUAAGUUAAAUUAAGUUAAUAUUUUUUUUAAUAGACAUUUGCAAAAUUUCAGUAUAAAUUAUGUGCGUAUGGAAUUAGACUAGUUUAAAACUUUUGCCAUAAACUGUGAGGCAGAUAUUUGUAUUGAAUUAGCUAGCGAUGAAUUAAUGUAAUUACAUUGCUAUGUAUUGUGCUCGAUACGUGUCUUAUAAACGCUUAACCAAAAUAACUUUAAAAUAGCCAGUUUUAAUUUAAUAUGAACUUUAGGAAACAUUUAGAAUGGACUGAAAAGAAAUAAUAUUCAUGUUUAGCGUUGAAUAUUAUUAUUGUUAUAUUUUACAGAUAAAGGCUAUAACCGAACAUCAUAGAGAAUUAGUACU